AUAGAAGGGUUAACUUGCCGCUUAAGAGGAGGUAACAGCUGCUCUCAGCCCCCAGCACAGCUGCUCUCCCCCGUCAGCCAUCACACGGGCCAGGGCCGGGGUAUAUAGAGCCAGGUGGUCGGAUGGACAUCUGAGUGUUGGAGAACAGCCACACGUGGGACGCUCUCCCUGUCACAAGGGACCGCUGCCCGUCUCCCCCCAGCCGCCCCCGCACUAUGCCCGCCCCGCUCCUCCUGCUCCGCACCGUGCUGCUCCGGGCUCUGGGCAGUAGAGCGGCCGCGUCCGGCGCUCGGCAGCUCAGGAAGGGGGCUCGCUGGGCCGGGUCCCGCCUCUCCAUCCUGCUCCAGCGGCUCUGGGACUGGCUGACAUCCGAGGAGUUCCGGCAAUCCGUGCUGAGCUGCGUGCUGUGCCUGAUGCGCCUGGCCCGAAAGGACUCCGUGAGGACCAACCCUGUGAGUUCCAGCUGAGGAACGUACCGAGAAUGUCUCAGAGUAUGAUGAGAAAAGCGCAGCCAUUCACCAUCGGCACAAGACUCUCGACACCAAAAUGUCCAGACUUACCUACCUGCGGGCCUGGUGCUGAAGCCUUGGACGGCGCCUCUAUGUCCCAGAACCUCAGUGACCGUGUGUCUCAUUACUUGGCCCAGGCCAAUUCAUCUCCCUGUAGAUUCUCACCGCCUCAGAGGCGGGCUGUCUACUCUGCUGGUUCCAUGGAUGAUAAUAAUAGUUCUCUAGCACGUUCCAUCAAGAAGAUUACACUCUCCAGACACAAGGAUGCCACUUACAGAGAGGGGACUAUGAGACUGAGCCCCAGGGUGCUAGCCAAAAACUCACAUGGGAACUUCAAUAACAAUAACAGUCGGGGAUUAAGACAUUUUUCUCCAGAUGCCAUUGAGAUCCCAUGUGACUGGAGCGUGAGAAAUCCAUGGAGCGUCAGCACAGUGGAAUGUAAUGCCCCAGCUACCACUUAUGCCAAGUGUCCAGGAAUUCUCCAUGAUUCCACCCAGGGUAACAGUGUGAAGACUGCUCCCACUAGUGGAAAUGUUCCUACCACGAGAAGACCAUCUCUGGAGACUGACUCUGCCAUUGCGCAGCUCAGCCUGGAUAUAAAACAGGCAGAGAUCUGGGUCCGUGGAAAACUCCAGGACCUGAGUGACCAGUGUGAUAUCUUCCCCCUGCAGGACUGGGACCGCAGGGCGCUGUCUAUACAGGGGGACAUUUCCGACUUUGAGAGCACAAUCAUGAAGCUGAGCCAGAUGGGAGAACGCCUCUCCAGGAGUCAGACCUCCAAUGCCGCUUCUAUCCGCACACAGCUCCAGGCGCUGAAGGACCAAUGGCAGCUGCUGAAACUAACAGCCACCAAUCAGAACAGAGCGGCCGGUGGAGCUAAAGCUUUGCUUGAGUUCAAUAAGAAAGCAGAUGAGCUGGAGAUAUGGAUGAGAGAGAAGGAAGAGAACCCCCCACUCAGCGUUCUCCUGGAUGAGAAUUUUGACAAAAUGCAAUUAACUCGUCGAAUCUUGGAUCUAAAACAGGAUCAGCUGUAUUACCGCAACCUUCAGGAAAACAUCAAUGGCCUGGCCCAGAAGCUGGAGAAACAAGGACGGGCAGAGAGCAAAGGGACCUCCAACAGGAGGAAGCACCUCAAUAGGAUGUGGCUGAGACUGCAGACCUCUCUAGAAGAGCAUCAUCAGAGUCUGCAGCUGGCUCUGGAAGCUGCAACGUUGUGGCAACAGGCAGACGCCAUCCUGAGGGCUAUGGAGGAGAAGAGGAGUUCUGCCACGGUGAGGAAUGGAGGAUGCGGGGACCAGGAUCUGAGGGACAUUGCCAGCCAGAUAAUGGUGCUGGACAUCACAGUGUCCCAGGUGUGCAGUCUCCAUCCUGUCCUGGCUUCCAAAGCUUUGCACAAGCAACGUCGGGUGAAGGAAAGCUGGACCCAGCUACAGCAAACAGUCAGGAAAGAGAGGUCCUCACGGGUCACUUUCACCAGAGAGCCUGGUUCCUCUGUGACCACAGUGUCAGAGGAUCAGAGCAGCGUGGGAAAUCAGGCACAAAGGAUCCUGGGAUGUCAGGAAGCGGAGACAAACAACAGGGACUAUAAUAUACAAAACCCACUAAAUUCUCCUCCAGAGGCUCAAACUGAAAAGGAGAUCAUCUGCGUGAUUCCACUUGAGUCCAAGAGACAGGACAGUUCACUGACAGACAGAGAACAGACCCAGGGCCCUCACAAUGGCCUUCUGCAACGCCCGCCAUCUUCGAGUAAGACUGAGGCCGACCAUCUUCUCAAUGAGUUGAGCUCCACAACGCAGUGGCUGCAGAGUGUGGAGCUCCUCCUGUCCGAGCCAACCGCCAUGCGCAGUCCCGAGUUAGUCCGCAGGGACUUGAGGCAGGUGUCCAUCUUGGAGAAAGAGGUGAAGUCACGAGGUCCUGCCCUGCAUUGUCUUGGGGGAAAAGCAAGGAGGCUGAGGGUGCCUGAUUGGACUGUGAGUGAGGAAACGCAAGUCAAGGUUCUGGAGGUUGAAGAAAGGUUUCAGAUAGUACAAGAGGCUCUCCAGCGCCGCGCCUCAGAUCUAAGAGACACCUUGGUGCUGUCUGAGUUUAUGAAGGUUGUACAAAUGGAGGAAGAGAGGAAGAAAAAGGAAAUGCCGGCAGAUGGAGGGUCUGGGAGAGGAGAGUACGGUUCCUGCUGUGUUGCGUCGGGAAGGACAGAGAGAUUUACCCCAUUGGAGGAUCUGCAAGAAGCGGUGGAAAUGUUGAAUGAUGCAGUGAAGGAGAGAGAAAGAGCAGUGGCUGCCUCCAAAGAGAUGACAGACCUGGAGAGUAGGCUGUUGGCGCUGUCCAAAAUGAUCGCAUCGGUACGUUCCAGGCUCCAAGAUGUCGGGAGACAGGUAGAGGCGGCAGAGCAAGGUUUUACUGCCGUGAAGAAACAGACGGAUCUGAGGGACGUGCAGGAAAUGUUUAUUCAACAGCAACAAAUUGAGAUGGACAUGUUUGGAGCCAUUAGUGAAGAGCUGAGGAAGCUGGAUGAGGGGAGGGGCAGAUUGCAGGAGCUGUGCCCUACCAGGAGCGAGACUGUGGACAGCAGUAUUGAGGAAAUCCUGCAGGCUUGCUCCCAUCUGCAAGGCCGCAUCCAGGAGAAUGAGGCCAGGUUACAGAGAACAGCCCGGCUCCGAGAGUUCUUCCUCAGCUACCUAGGCAUGAUAUCCUGGACAGAAGAUAUGAGGUCUCAGGUACUGUCAGAAAGUCCCGGAGACAGACUUGUCCCCGGUCGGAGAGAGGAGCUGGAGAAGAGCAUUGAGGAGAAGCUGAAAGAGUUUGAAGUGCUUGCGGGUAUUGGGUGGAAGCUGAUAGGAGAAGAUCAUCGUCUUUCUCAAAUGAUCAAGGAGCGUCUGGAAGAAUUACAGGGAAUGCUGAGCUGGGUGCUGAUGCGGUGGCGUUGCCAGAAACAACAAAGAGGAAACAAAGCUCAAAGACUAAAGACAACUGAUGUUCUAGAAGCCACCAAGGUGCCCAAGGAUGAACUGCGCCACACAGACAGGUCUAUCGCAGCAGAAGCUAUUCAGUGCCCAAAGGAUGAGGACAUCACGCAAACAUCUUCACUUCCCAGGGGCCCACCACUCCGCAGAUACAGGAAGAAGGCACUUAGUCCCAUGUUUUUCCAACACCCACUCUUGGACAGCCUGGAUAUGGAGACGGAGGAUGGUGCGGAGCUGCAGGAAGACAGCCCAAGGAAGCGGGUAGAUGGGCCCUUGUGGCUAGAGCCCAAAGUACUCCCAAGACGAUCAGAGACCCCAGAACCGGAGGAGGAGCCACUUAUGGUAAGCACCUAUUUGAACGUGAAAGACAGUGAAAGAUACAACACAUGCCAACACAUGACAGUGCCACGACUUUCCAGAAAAAAUCGAUCAUCAGAGCAGUAUUCUUUAAUUCCUUCCUGUGGCUCUCCUUCCAACUCCUUUCCUAAAAUUAGAUCCCACUGUUUCAAGAGUUUAAAAAGAAAGGAAAAGGCCCAAAGGCUGACAGUUCAAGGGAUUAUGGAGGUUUUCUCAGACAGGAAAGUCAACACCAAAGAAUCCAUCAAGUAUCAAACUUCUACCUGGCCUCCGAAACUGACAAAGAAGGCUCAAGUCCUUGGACCACAUCCAAAUGUUGAAACAUUACGGAAUUAUGUGAAGAACCCUCUUACAAAGCACAUUGAUGCUGAGUGCCUUGUGUCUGGGUCAGUUUUAAUGAAGACUGAAGUGAACCGCUCUAAUCCUGACAUACCAACAACUAAUCUCAGUUGUCAACGUCUGACCUUAGGUUCUGUUUUGACCCUGAAGCUCACCAAGGAAUUAAAUCUCUUGGAUAACAACCAAGCAAUGAUUACAGUAGAAUCCAAAGAUGGCACUGAAUUUAACAAUGUUUCGUAUUCUGGGGGCGAAGAUGAGUCACGAGGUAAAGUCAAAGAGCCAGUGAAAGACAAAGAUCAGCGCAACAUCACCAUAAAAGACGCCCAAUCAUCAGGUUCUACAUCAUGGAUUGAAGCCUUAGCAAGUAGUUCUGGAUAUUGCAGGCAGAACAUACAUGGGUAUGGGAAGUCUACAGACAGUCUACAGACUUGGGCAUUAGAAGACAUGAGUGAUGACUUUAUCAACUUUGAGAUAGACAGACUUUCCCCUAUUGUCUUACAGAACCUUGGGCCUGAGUGGGCAAGACGGAGAGCUUCCUUAAAUUCGUCUGAAACACAAGAUGUCAUUUUAGCAAACGUUAAUGUCUCAGAUUCCCAGCACAUCAAUCAGAGUAAAACUGGCAUCUAUCCAUCAUCCAUCUGCCACGAGACAGGACAAAAGGUUCAUGGUGUAGAGACAUAUACUGACAAUAAACAGAAGCAUGAACAACUCAGGUCAAAUUGUUCCUCUCUAAAUUUCCUCAAUAUGACUGUUACAACAUCCAGCCCAGUACACGAGGCCCUUCCUGAAAGCAGGUCUUUCUAUAAAGCCAACCCUGGUCCUUUAGCUGAGGUCCUCCAUCCAGACCAUGAAUUUCUAGAACAUGAUGAUGAAGAGCUAGAAAGUAUUUGGAAUAAUGCUAGAAAGGAUCAUUUAGGAUGCCCUGCACAGUUCUCUCACAAUGCAUCACUCAAAGAGACUGGGAAAGGCAACCUGCCUCUCUUGAAACGCCCUGAGCCAUGUGGGCAAGUGGUAAUGAGUGCAGAACCGAACCUGCUGGUGGCCACGUUUACACUCCCCAGCUCUGCAGUUUUAGCUGCAGGUUCAGUUAGGGAGAAGGGCCCAGAUCAUGGGGAAGAGAUCAGCUUUGGCCAAAGUAGCAGUAUUGUAGCUGCCUGUGUGGACAAUUAUCUGAAAGGAGGUAGUGAGAACAGAUCAGUGAAGGGUUCACUUAUUAGUCCAAAACUUGAGACUCCAGAGGAGGAAACUGACACAUCCUCAUCCAUGGUGACCUGGAAAUUGGAUUUUCAGUUGAUGGAAGGUCCCCUGGAGAAGAAGCCCAUCCUGCAACCAGGAGGCAAGAAGGCAUCCUGCCGCACAUGGGGUGUAUUCUACGCCGUGCUGGUCAGGAGGACUCUCUGCUUCUACCAUGACCGCAAACAUUCCACGAAGAGUUUUGUUUCUUCUACCCCCUUGAACCUCACGGGAGCCGUGUGCACCCAAGAAUCAGAUUAUGCUAAGAGAAGUAACUGCUUCAGGCUACGAUUAAAGGAUGGCUCCGAGUAUCUGUUCCGGGCCCCAACCUCUGAACUACUCCAGGAGUGGGUGUCAAAGGUUUGCCAUAAUUCAGGGCUGGAGGACACAGAUCUGCUUGGGAAUUCAGUGCUGGGCACAAAUCUGACUCCCUGUCACGUGUCUCGAGAUGAUCCUUUAAGUCCCUGGAAGACAAACCUGUGCCGCCCUAUACCUGUGCAGGGCAGAGAUAUGGUGGACCAGCCACGUCAGAAGGAGCCACAGAAUGUACAAGCAGACGACUGCAGAUCUAGAACUGGUCCUCAGCUGCCAAGCAGAUUCUAUGUGCCUGAGAACAUUGGUCCAGAGCAUGACAGUAACUUAACAACAUACAGGAGGCGGUCCCAGUCAUUCAGCUCAGUUAUGUAUCAAAAGGUCACCUCAUUUACCAACCCCCAGGAGAUCUCUCCAAGCUACUCAGUGACCCUAUACAUUGAUGAACCUCUGACCCCCCGUGGACGCUGUCAUUCAUUUGCCACUUCCCAUAGGGAGGGUCACACAAGCCACACCGCCGACUUGAAGCCACGGAAUAAAUCUGUAUUCAGAAAGUUUUUCCGUAAAAAAGAAUAAUGAACCAAAAAUGCCACAAUGCUGCUAAAACUCUAGCAUCGCAACUCACAGCACCUACGAUCUAUCGCAAAGUUGGUAUUGAGAUGAGAAGACUGAAGCAAGAACCUGCGGGAUCCAGCUGUGGUUACCAUAUGGCACUAACUGUGAUAUGAGACAAGUAAUGGGAGGAGUUUUUUGUAAGCCAGCAGCAGAAAUUCCUUUCAAUAAACUCUGCAGUGAAGAUACAACUCUGAACUUAGUCCUCCAAUAAGGAGAGAAACGGUCACCAAUGGACACCUAGCCUGCAUUGUUUAAAUGUAAGUCAGGGGAGCCAUAAUUUACACACACUGUGAAUAUGAGAGUGGUGGUCCUCAUAUUGACCUUUGGGAAUAUCCAUUAAUAUUAAUGGGAUUGGGACAUCACUCCAGAGAGAGACAUUGUGCUGAAACAGGUGGAAGACCUCUGAAUUUGUCUCAGUGUUCUUCUGGAACUUGAUGGAGGUGUUACUCUGAAACUGGCACAAGUGUUCCUCUGGCACUGCUGAAGUGUUCUUCUGGAAUUGGAUGGAAGUGUUCCUCUGGAGCUGGCAAACGUGUUCCUCUGGUACUGCUGAAGUGUUCUUCUGGGACUAGAUGGAAGUGUUCCUCUUGGACUGAAUAAAAUGUUCUUCUGGACUGGAUGAAAGUGUUCCUUUGGGGCUGUACAAAAGUGUUCCUGUGGGACUGAACAAAAGUGUUCCUCUGGGACUGGAUGAAAGUGGUCCUCUGGGACUGGACGAAAGUGUUCCUCUGGGUCUAGAUAGAAGUGUUCCUCUUGGACUGUGUUGAAGUGUUUCUCUGGUACUGGACGGAAGUGUCCCUCUUGGACUGGGUCAAAUGUUCUUCUGGGGCUGGAUAGAAGUGGUCUUCUGAGACUGGAUGGAAAAGUUCCUAUGGGAAUUGAAGUGUGUCCCUGGGAAUGGAUAGAAGUAUUCCUAUGUGAUUUGAUGGAAGUGUUACCCUGGGACUGGGUGAAAAUGCUCCUCUGGAAAGCAAGUCUUGGUUUCUCUUGGAUGAUGGGUGGAAGUGUUCUCCCGAACUAGUCUUUAUUUCUUCCAAGUUUAACUUAAUUAUGAUUAUUUAUGCUUGCUUUAAAAAGGAUUUCCUUUAUUUUUUCUAAUCUUGUAUCAAACACUUACAUUCCCUGUCCUGGUGGGACAUACAAGUCAGUGGUAGGAAACUGGUUACACAUAUUGGAGCUCAUGCUGAGUUGGAUGCAUGUUUUAAAAAAUAUGAGUGUGUUUCAAUAAAUAAAGUAACAAGACCUAGCAAUGUUUACUUUUUAUACAAAUCGUACAUAUGCGUACAGUGCAUCCGGAAAGUAUUCUGUACCUUUCCCCAGAUUUGUGUCUCGAGACAAUCCUGUCUCGGAGGUCUACAGACAAUUCCUUUGACUUCAUGCUUGAUUUGUGCUCAGACAUGCACUGUCAAGUGUGGGACCUUAUAUAGACAGGUGUGUACCUUUCCAAAUCAUGUCCAAUCAACUGAAUUUACCACAGGUGGACUCCAAUUAAACUGUAUGAUCAGUGGAAACAGGAUGCACCCGAGCUCAAUUUUGAGCUUCAUGGCAAAGGCUGUGAUACUUAUGUACAUGUCAUUUCUUAGUUUUUUAUUUUUGCAAAAAUAUAAAAAAAAAACUUUUUUCACAUUGUCAUUAUGGGGUAUUGUGUGUAGAAUUUUGCGGGGAAAAAAAUAUUUUAUUCAAGUUUGGAAUAAGGCUGUAACAUAACAAAAUGUGGAAAAAGUGAAGCGAUAUGAAUACUUUCCGGAUGCACUGUAUAAUCAAUAGAAUGGGCUUGAUAGAGAUUAUUUUUCCACGUAGUUCCCAUACUUGUCUAAGCAUUUGUUCCAACAGCACACCAAGCAUGUAUAUCGGCAUAGAAGAAAUCAGUGACAACGCCUGAAGCCAGGACAUGAUGUUUUGCUGAACAUUACCGUCAGUUGCUCAUUGCCUUCCACCUAGGUGCUUCAUCAAUGCUCCAAAGAGAUGGAUUUCACUCGGUGCCAGGUCAGGGCUGUAGGGAGGAUGGUCAAGUACCUCCUAAUGGGAGCGCCAGAACAACUCAUGUGUGUGGUGGCUGAGUGUGGCCUGGAGUUACCGUGCAGCAACACAGGUUGUACACCUCAACAAGUUAGCGAUGAAUUUCAGCUGCUGAUGUGCCACUUAGAUGCAACAAUCCGAUCACACUACGCACCUCAAUGACUAUGUUUCCGCCAGCCGCGCCAUAUUACGACUGAUGUUGGGACAGUAUGACUGAUAUGAGGUGUAAUCUAAUGGCCGUGAGGGGAAGCAGCGGUCUACCUGCUCUGGUAGCCUGGCGGGAAAUUAGAAUAAAAUAGAGAACAUUACACACAUGAGAUGUCUUGUUACUUUACUUACUGAACCACCCUUGUAUAUAAGCUCUAAAAGCUGCAUGUAAAAAUAAUGUAUUUACGCCCAUAUGCCAAGAUGGCGCCAUCUCAACAUCCAUCCAGCUCUGCGCCAGUAGCACAUGUGCCAGGUCACACUCACAUGUAGUUACCAGAUACGCCUACACUUAACCAGCUCAUAAGCACAAGGAACGUUUUAAAACAUUUGAUAGUAAUAAAAUACAUUCACAGUUAUGUUUGAUCUAAGUAAAAAAAAAAAAAAAAAACUUUUAUAACACCUCCAUAAUACAUUGGGUGUUGCAAACAUAAAUAACCUAUCGGCUUCGGAGGUGGAUAGCUAAGCAGCCAAUCAGAAGCAGCGAGCUAGUACUGGAGACUGUAAUCAUCAGUGUGCAUUGGCUUCAGUCCUCAUGCACCCACAAGGGAUACGGACAUGCAAUAAGUGUCUCUCUGGGGUCUGCCCCAUUAGCAGUUGCUACUGUACUUGAUCAAGGUGUGAACUCUGAACGUGCCCUCCUCUGCUGUGCCUCUAAUGUUUACAUUAAACCGGGUGUACGCCCAACUCGGCGUGAUCCCCAGUGACACAGAUUCUGUCACCCACCUUCUGUUACUGCACCCUUGCACAUCUGUCACUGCCCAAUGAUAUUUGCCCUCACCUUUUUCACUGACCCUCUGUACAUCAGUAAUUGCCUCAGUAUUUUUUUGGUGUACCUUUAUACUGUUUAUAUAAUAAAGAUA